UGAUGGUGCUUACGACCUAGAGGACCUCACGGAUGUUACAGAUGACCACGCCUACAGACGUUGGAUGGUGGACUCCCAGAAGAAAAACAACAGCCUCAUGAAGAGGAUCCUCAGAGCACUCACUGGAGGCUGCAUCAGAAGUCAGGAUGAGCAGACGACGCAAGGAACAAGGCGCCCAGGCAAAGAACCAGCGGGCACUUCAGCUAGAGAAGAGAGACUUCCGAGGAACCGGAGAACAGCCGGCCACUCCAGCAGCGGCGAUUCAGACUGAGUCCGAACGGACUAUUCCUAUUCCCUUGUUUUAUCCAUCUGAACUAUUUAUUUCCCUGCUAUUUGUUUUUGGUUUGGUGUGUUUUAGCCUCCUCCGAUUUAUUUUCACAACCAGGGAUGGUGUGAAGUAAGUCUGGGGGAGAAACUCUGUACGAUUUCCAUGUUCUUAUUGAGUCAGUCCCUAGGAUCGAGUCAGUCCAGUCAAACUUAUUGUGGUAAUCAGGACCUUAUUUUGUGAUGAUUUCUUAACCACCUCGUGCUUUAACCUUCUUAUUCAGUGACCUUAGCAGUGAUGAAAGACCCACACAUGGACCUGGAACACCCUGACUUAUCUCAUUUGACACUCCAGAAGUUCUCCACCGAUCAGGUUACACUGGGUAGACUCAACUCCACUAUAUCUGAACCUAAUUUGGACUUUAAUUCUUCUUGUUAUGGGUACUAGAUCAGGGAAACGAGACCUAUACUCAGGACUUCUUAUCCUUUUUAUCCAUCUUGCUGUUCCUGAGUAGCUAGCUCAUCUUUAGCUAGUUCCCACCUUGUACCUUAGCCUUCGUUCCAACUUCAGGCAUUUGUUUCUCAGUGUUAUAUGUGCAGAUAUGUGCAAAAAGGUUGGAGAGGAAAGGAUCAACGCAGCCUUUACUCGUUACUGCUGCAGAAAUUCAAUCAGAAAGGAGAACAAGCAGAUCAAGGGACCAACUGCUCCAUGACCAAUGGAUCGUGCAAGUAUAGCAGAAUGAUGCGAAUCAGAUCCACCAGUGGCCUUCUCAAAAUCACAUGCUACCUCCUUCUUCGUCACCUCAUCUCUACUUUCAUGCCAUUCAGUAAAAAAAAAAAAAAAAAAAAAAAAAAAAUUUAAUUACCUUUCGUUUUGGCAUUUGACGAUGGAGAAGGAGAUGAGUUCGAGGGAACAUGAGCCACUGGGAAAGCCAAGAAAGAGUUCAGACUAAUUUUCGGAGCACAUAGAAGGGGGCAAGCAGAGCAGUCUGAUGACUGUUCCAGAACAGAGAGCAACCGUUCGAAAGAGAGCAAAAACGAGUAGAGGCUGUGGACAUCAAUGGAUCCGUUCUCUCUUGCCAUUUUGUGCGAUAUCCUGCAUCCUCUAAGAAAUCGGUAACCCCUAAACACUCUCAACUCCACCAUUAAAAAGCUUGUUCCAUACCUAGACCGUCCACCCUGAGUAGCGCCCAUGACAAGAAGCUCACGAAAAUUCUAAUUGAACAAAUGGAGUUUGGUCUCGAAAGUGUCGCUUUUUCAGGUCAAGAUGUAGAGUAAGGAGCCGAUCUGUGAAUAGCGAUCAGGGGUUUCCAGUAAGUGUGUGUGGUUCUAAUCUACUGCUUGUAUGGUUCAGAGAUUUGUGGUAAGAGUAUGGUUGCUGAGAAUAAGCGAGUUCCCACACUUUCAAACUUUUCUCCUGUUCUUGAUACUUGCCUUGUUCGAGGACAAACAAGGAUCUAAGUCUGGGGGAAUUGAUAUAUGAUGUUUUUCACAUCAUUGUAUAGGUGUUUUUGUAUUGAUUCGAGUCCAUAAUCCGAGUCAGUCUAGUCCUUUUUGAUCUUUUACAUGUCUGGAGUUGGUAGAAGAAUGAAGAGAGCAUGUUUGAAGAGAAGCUGUCCUUUUGGAGCAUUUUGCGGAGAACACUCAAGACGAACAGUCCCGAGACUGUUCUCAAGCAGAACAAGCAGACGGAGUGAUCCCGAGGUUGUUCCCGACAAAUAAGGAAGCUUCUAUUUUCGGGAAUUAAGGCCUUGUUGCCCUAAUUUCUUUUCUACCUAUUGGCGCCUCCAUAUAAAGACGCCAUCUAUCCUAUUUUAUGACUUACGCUAGUUUUUACAAGAGAACUAUUAGCUUUUGCGAUCUGCAACUUGUAAGGGAGAAGAAUCCAUUCUCUCACAGAGAAGACCUUCUGAACCCUUGUUUACUACUCUAUUUAUUAUGCAAUUUCAUUCAGUAGCUAUGUGUUUGAUUGCUUGCAUCAUGAUUGAGUAGUGAUCCAGCUCGCCUAGGGUUUUUAGGGUGUUGAAAUAUGAGCUAAACAUAGAUAAGCUAUUCUUGAUUAUUCUUCAUCCAUACUAUUCUUAAGGCUUCCAUUAAUCUGAUCAUUUGAUGUUAGAUCCUAAGUUUAUCACCUAGCUAGCCGCUUAGGAGAUAGCUUGACAUGUAUUGAAUGAGCUUAGUAUCCCUAAUCAGCGAAAGUAGAUAUUAGGGUAGUAAGUGAACUGAUCGGACCUGACCUCUAAGGCUUGCAGUCGUUUCUCAUCUCAACGACAGUUAGAUGAUGGGAUCGACCAGCAAAGAGAUCACCACCACGACAGUGGGGUGUUCCAGCUGAGUGAUCCGAGUUCUAGAAAGCACUGCACCGCGCUUGAAUAAUUGUUUGGCUCUCGCUCAGCACCCAAUGAAAUACCCUAGGCUAGCCGCUUGUUAAAUUGAAUCAAUCUCUAGUUUACUUGUUUUCCGCGUCACCAAUUGAAUUAAAAACCAUUUUCUUCUUAGCUUGAUAUUGAAAUUUAUAAGAGUAAAGUGUAGACUGGUCCUCUGGAUUGAAUCUAAAGUACUAUAAUCACAACUGUUAACUUGGCAGUAGCAAGGAUUCAUAUUUAGUGUAUCACUAUAUUAAUUCAAAUUAUUAAAAAAUUAAAGCUUGAUAUGAUAUGUGUAUGAUGAUGUAUUACUAUUAAAUUCUUAGAUCAUUUCCACUUAUAUGUGAGAAAAUAAAUUUGACUAAUUUUAUUUUAAGGAGUACAUUUAAUUACAAAUUAUUGACUCACUUGACUUUGACAUUGAAAAUAUAUUUUCCUUAUAUAUAUGAAAAAUUAAAGUCUGAGGAAGAAUAUAUUAAUUUUAAAAUCAUAUAUAAGGAUAAGCACAAUUGCUUAAAUUUACGUAAACAUCCAGAAGUUUUUUUCAAGAAACAAAAUAUCAUUAGAAUUAUGUGGCUGCCGUCAAUACUCAUCUUCCUCAUUCUAUCGAACACUUUCAAUCAACCACCUUCCUCUCGCACGUGCCAGAGGUCAGUGGUGUGUGGUAUCUCCAUCGGCGACAGAUGCACAAAUGCAAGCUAAUAUUGAUUGUCUGUGUGGUCAUGGACAUGUUGACUGUAUACCAAUCAAACCGGGUGGUCCCUGCUUUGAGCCAGAUAAUCUUAGAAGCCAUGUAUCGUUUGUAAUGAAUCAGUUUUACCAAUAUAACGGAAAAACCGAAAAAUCAUGUUAUUUCAGUAAUACCGGUAUAUUUGUUUUUAAAGAUCCAAGCUAUGGUCAUUGUGAGUACGAUUAUUAAGAAAAAAUAUACUAAUAAUCUUGAUUGAUAAUUCGUGGAAUGCAUUGUAGAAUGAAUGAUUUCACGAAAUGUUUUUUAAUAUAAAUUAUAUACAUCAUGCGAAAUAUUAUGUAAGGUUAAUAAAAAUUAAAGUAUUUUGUCAUUCAGAAUUUCAGAUUUAGUCAAUAUAUUUAACUUAAUGAUAUCUCCACUACGUUCAAUAUUUUUUGGGAAAUUUGCAAAAAAAUAUAACAAAUAAUAAAACACAUUCUUUGUCCCCUUGAUUUAAAACAAUCUAAAUUAGUUAUUUUAGUAUAAUAUUUGCCAAAAACCUCAAUCUAACCCUUUAACUUGAAAACUUUUUUAGUAGGAUAAAUCUUCUCGAAAUGGAUUAUUCAAAUGGACAUCAUGUAAAAUUAACCUGUUACAACAAAAAUAUGAAAAUUCUUAAUCUCGUUCUGACUAAAGUUAUAAAUUCUAUUAUUUGCAUUAAAUUAAUCAGUUUAUCAGUUUAUGUGUAUGAUAUAUGAUAUGAAAAUGACUUUAUAUAUUUCAUUUAUUAAAAUAUAUCUAUAUUAAUUCAAAUUAUUAAAAAAUUAAAGCUUGAUAUGAUAUGUGUAUGAUGAUGUAUUACUAUUAAAUUCUUAGAUCAUUUCCACUUUUAUGUGAGAAAAUAAAUUUGACUAAUUUUAUUUUAAGGAGUACAUUUAAUUACAAAUUAUUGACUCACUUGACUUUGACAUUGAAAAUAUAUUUUCCUUAUAUAUAUGGAAAAUUAAAGUCUGAAAAAGAAUAUAUUAAUUUUAAAAACAUAUACAAUGAAACCUCUAUAAAUUAAUAAUGUCGGGACUACACCAAAACCAUAAUUUUUUUAUUAAUAUAUAGAGAUAUUAAAUUAUCGAUAUACUAAUUGAACUAAAAACUGAAUUUGGGACUAUACAAUUAUAUUUUUUUAUAAAGAUUUUUAGUGUAUAUUAAUUUAUAGAGUAUUAAUUUAAAGAGGUUAUACUGUAUAAGGAUAAGCACAAUUGUUUUACAUAAAAAUCCAGAAGUUUUUUUCAAAAAAAAAUAUCAUUAGAAUUAUGUGGCCGCCAUCAAUACUCAUCUUCCUCAUUCUAUCGAUCGUUUCGAUCAACCACCUUCCUCUCGCACGUGCCAGAGGUCAGUGGUGUGUGGUAUCUCCAUCGGCGACACAUGCACAAAUGCAAGCUAAUAUUGAUUGGAUGUGUGGUCAUGGACAUGUUGAAUGUAUACCAAUCAAACCAGGUGGUCAUGGACAUGUUGACUGUAUACCAAUCAAACCAGAUGGUCCGUGCUUUGAGCCAGAUAAUCUUAGAAGCCAUGUAUCAUUUGUAAUGAAUCAGUAUUACCAAUAUAACGGAAAAACCGAAAAAGCAUGUUAUUUCAGUAAUACCGGUAUAUUCGUUUUUAAAGAUCCAAGCUAUGGUGAUUGUGAGUACGAUUAUUAAGAAAAAAGAUACUAAUAAUCGUGAUUGAUAAUUCGUGGAAUGCAUUGUAGAAUGAAUGAUUUCACGAAUUUUUUUUUAAUAUAAAUUAUAUACAUCAUGCGAAAUAUUAUGUAAGGUUAAUAAAAAUUAAAGUAUUUCGUCAUUCAGAAUUUCAGAUUUAGUCAAUAUAUUUAACUUAAUGAUAUCUCCACUACGUUCAAUAUUUUUUGGGACAUUUUCCAAAAUAUAACAAAAAAACACAUUUUUUGUCCCUUUGAUUUAAAACCAACCUAAAUUAGUUAUUUUAGUAUAAUAUUUUUCAAAAACCUCAAUCUAACCCUUUAACUUGAAAACUCUUUUAGUAGGAUAAAUCUUCUCGAAAUUCAAUAGGAUAUCAUGUAAAAUUAACCAGUUAAAACAAAAACGUGAAAAUUCUUAAUCUCGUUCCGUUUUGAAUGGAAAAAUAAAAUACAUUAUUUUCAAUAUUUAUACCACUUCCUAAAUGUGUAUGAAAUUGACAUGAUUACUAAUUUUAUAAUAACAUAUCCACCAUAAUUUAAUUAUAACUAUACAAACUCUUAACAUAUAUUAUGAACUAAGUGUUUUGUCCGCACAUGCAGACAUAGUUGUUUUAUGAAUAUUUAUUAGUUUAUACUAAACCAGUACGGUAAGUGAUUGUUUAUGUCUUCAAAAAAAUUAAAUCAAACAUCAAAUAUAUAUACUAUUAUUUGAUAAAGUUUUCCAUUUAAAACACUCAAGUAUUUAAAAUAUUUUAGAAAACAUCUUUAUGCAAAUGUUCUUACUUGAUUAUUAUUUGAUUAUAAAUUGUUGUAUAUCUUAGUUUAAAAAAUUUAUAACAGAAAAAACUUAUUUCAAGAUAACAACAUAAUAUAUAAGAAUUAUCUUAUUUUAAAAUAUGAUAUUAUUAAUAAAGAAUUCUUUUUAAUUAUAUAAUUAAUAUAUAUAUAUAUGCAUAUUCAUUACGAUAACAGCACAAUGUAUAAGAAUUAUUUGUUUUAUAAAAAAUAUGAUAUUAUUAAUAUAAAUUUGUUUUUAAUUAUAUAAUUAAUAUAUAUAUAUAUAUAUAUAUAUAUAUUCAUUAAGGGUAACAAUGACAUUAACCAAUCUAACUUUUAACGUGACAACUCCGUUGCGAAAAAUCACUUCGCAAAUAAUAAUAUGGAUUUUUUAUAACAGAAUAUUCAUUUUAAUCUAUCUAAAUCUCACCAAAUAUAUAUAUAUACAUAUAUAUAUAUAUAUAUAUAUAUAUAUAAUGUUUAUAACUGAAUAUUUCUUUUAUGAUGUAUCUAAAUCUCGCAAUAUGGCCAAUAUCUUCAAAAUAUUUAAAUUAUUAUUACAUUUGUGAAACAAUUUCGUGCUAAAAAAAUAUUACUCAAACAUAUCAAUGGGUUUGUCCAAGGUUUAGUAUGGUGUACAGGUCAAUAUUUUUUUACAGCAUGUAUACUAUUUAAUUAUUGUGUUUAUAAACAUUUUAAACUAUGAAAAUAUUUAAACUAUUAACUAAUAAACAUUUAAAUAAUAUUUACGUAUAUAAAAGUGAAAAUAACUAAACGCACGGGCGUGCGGGUCAAACUCUACUAAAAAUAAAAAAGGAGGUUUGUGAGAAUAUACGGAAAAUAAAAAUUGUGAUCCUGCUUUUUAUAAAUUAAAAAUAUAAGUUUGUAAAAUAGACCAGUAGAAUAUGUUUAAGACAUCAUCACAUCAACGGGAAAAUUGGGAGAUAUAUACUAAUUAUUUUGUUUUUUCUUAAAACACGUUUUUAUUUUAUUUUUUGGCUAAUUUUACUUUUAUUGUAAUAAUGACAUUAACCUGUCUAAUAUUUAACGUGAGAGAUUCGUUGCGAAAAAUUAUUUCACAAAUAAUAGUAUAUAUAUAGAUAGAUAGAUAUCCUUAUAUAAUUUAGAUAUCAAAUUCAUGAAGGUGUUUCAAAAAAAAAUUGGGAAGAAGUUAGAUAUAUAUAUUUAAAAAUAUCUUAUAAAUAUACAUAUAAUUCAAAUUCAGUAAGAUAUUCAUAAAUAUAUAUUAAUAAACAUUGUUUAAAUACACAUUUAAAAUAUAUCUGAAGUACAAAUUUAUGAAUGUUUUCCUAAAUUUUAUGAAGAUAUUAUAUAUAUUUAUCAAUAAUUUCCUAAAUUUUAGGAAGAUGUCUUACUAAACUUAAAUUAAGAAAGAUAUUAUAAACAUUUAGGAAAAUUUUAUUUAACUUAAACUCAAAAAAAGAUAUCAUACAGAUUUCGGAAGGUCUUCAUAAACUCCCCUUUUAAAAGAAUCUUUAUCGAAGUAACUUUUUUUGAAUUUUCUUUGGAAAAGUUUGAAAAAAAAAUAAAAGAUCAAUUUAAAAAAGGAAUUCAGAUUUUUUUUGAAAAUUAAAAUUUUAUAUUUUUCAAACAAUAUUUAUUUAAUUCUAAUAUAUCUAUAAAGUAUAUAUACAAUUUUUAUCCCACUUGAUUUACUAUUCUUUUUCUUAACACCCUAUUCACCAUUCUAUCAUAUUAAUAAAAAUAAACUAAAUAUAAUUAUAAUUAUAUCUCUACAUUGACUUAUAUAUCAUAUUAUAUAUUUGGUAUAUAUAUAAUCAAAAUUACUUGUAAGUGUUAAUCAACAAAUUCAAAACUAGAGCAACACUAAUCAAUUUUUGUUUGAUAGUCAAACGUUAAAAGUUUUAUUUAAAUUUAUCAGUUCAUUAUAUUAUAUAAUAAAUUGAUUUUGACCAAUUUAACGUAGUUUAACUAAAUAUAUAUAUAUAUAUAUAUAUAUAUAUAUAUUUCAAUAGAAUUUAUCCAUUUAAAUAUUGACAGAUUUAAUACUAGCUCAUAAAAUAUAGCACUAAAUACAAUAAAAUAUAAAGAGAAAUUUCCUAUGAUAGCCCAAAAUUAUUUUUAUCACAAAUAUUGUACACAAAAAUGUUCAAAACAAGUUUCAUUAAAGAGGUAAAAAAACACUUUAACUAAUCUAUAUUUACAUUUUAAAUUUGAAUAGGCGGAGUUUAAGAUUUAUAAAAAAAUAUAAUAGUUAAGAUUUUAAAUAAUCAACUAGAUUUUGGAGACAAAAAUUUCUAUUUGUUGACCGUAAAGCCAAAUAUUAAAUGAAUUUAUGUAUAUUAUUAGAUAUCUAUAAUAUUUAAAAGCUGUUCUAUUAUUAUUAUUAUUAUUAUUAUUUCAGUCCGGUACAAUAUUUUCAUUGAAUUUCAUAUCUGAGUCAGACUUGUGGUCGAACCGAGAGAUCCAGUUACUCAUAUAUAGUGGGGUAGGAUAUAAUAAAAUAAAUAUGGUAAAAAUAUCUUAAAAUAAAUAAAAGACCGUUAUGAACCCAAUGAGAAGAAUAUAAUUUUUUUUAUUUGUUUUAGAAUUUUUGAUAUAUCAAUAUAUAUUUGAUUUGUAUAAAAGUAUUUUUUAACAAAUGUUAUUAAGUUUAUUUAUAAGUACAUUAACUAUCAAUCUACCAAAAUAGUGAACCAAGUAUUAAAUUUUUUCAUUUUUUAAUUUUAUUAAUAGUAACUAUUAUAAUUUUUUUUAAA